ACUCUCGGCGCUCGUGUUAGUGCGAGCUUGAUUUUGUUCUUAACAAUCCGCGGCUAAGCCCGCUAAAGGGAACACCGACCGUCGUCGUCGAUUCCUCAGUCGCUUCGCUUCGUCGAAGAGAACGAGCCAACGCGGGAGAUAGAGGCAUGUCCUACUCUUCAUCAUCGGGUUCGGAGGAGGAUGAGGGUGUCGACGCGUACAGGAAGGGGGGUUACCAUGCCGUGAGGCCGGGAGAUCCUUUCGAGGGAGGGAGGUACAUCGCGCAAAGAAAGCUAGGGUGGGGAAACUUCUCCACCGUUUGGCUCGCCUACGAUACAAGAUGCGAGAAAUUUGUUGCUCUCAAAAUUCAAAAAAGUGCAGCACAGUUUCAACAAGCUGCUCUUCAUGAGGUUGAGAUUUUAAAAGCAAUUGCUAAGGGAGAUCCCUCAAAUUGCAAGUGUAUCGUUCAUUUACUGGACAAUUUUAAGCAUAGUGGUCCAAAUGGGCAGCAUUUAUGUAUGGUAUUUGAAACUCUUGGAGAUAGUCUAUUACGACUAAUCCGUUAUAAUCGAUAUAAAGGAAUUGGACUACAAAAUGUAAAAUAUGUGUGCAGAUCCAUCUUAUUGGGGCUUGAUUACUUGCACAGGGAAGUUGGUCUUAUUCACACGGAUCUGAAACCAGAAAAUGUUCUUCUUGUUUCUACUAUUGAUCCUGUGAAAGACCCUAUACGGUCAGGAUUUACUCCAAUUUUGGUGAGGCCUGAGGGUAAUCUAAAGGGGACUUCUAUUGUUAAUAGCACUGAGAAGAGGCUCAAGGAAAGAGCUAUGAGGGCAAGAGCGAGAAUAUCAGAAAGAAGAGCAUCAAUGGGAGGCUUGGAACACGGGUUGGUACAAAAGGAGAGGAGUUUGGAGGGGAUUGAUCUAAAAUGCAAAAUUAUAGAUUUUGGGAAUGCUUGUUGGGUGGAUAAGCAAAUGGCAGGUGAGAUUCAAACAAGGCAAUAUAGAGCUCCUGAAGUUAUUGUUGGGGCUGGAUAUUCCUUUCCCGUUGAUAUGUGGUCUUUUGCUUGCAUUGCUUUUGAGCUUGCCACUGGUGAUGUGUUGUUUUCACCUAAGGUUGGCCAAGUAUUUACUGAAGACGAGGAUCACUUGGCUCAGAUGAUGGAACUCCUCGGAAAAAUGCCUAAGAAGAUUGCUAUUACAGGAUCUCGAUCAAAGGAUUUCUUCGACAGAUAUGGAGAUUUGAAACGAAUCCGUAGACUGAAACACUGGCCCAUUGAUAGGCUUUUGAUCGACAAAUAUAUGUUUGUCGAAUCUGAUGCUUGCGAGCUCUCUGAUUUCCUCACGCCGCUUCUAGAUUUUACACCGGAGAAGAGGCCAACGGCAGAGCAGUGCCUGCAACAUCCAUGGCUUAGUAACAGUGGCCAAAGCUUCAUGGUUGAAACUAAAGGUGUUGAGAACUUGGAGACUGGUUUGGGUAAGCUUCAAAUGAAAGCAGGCAGAUGAUUGCUUGGCUUCAUGGUCUUCCGAAUUCCUCUCUAUUAACAGAGCAAAUAUUUCUUCUAUUUUUCUCAUUACUGUAUGAUAUAGAUGCCAAGUAUAGAUACAGCUUGAUUUUUGAGAUUUGGUUUUCCUCAUCCAGUUUUUGAGAUUUGGUCUCUACAAUCUUCUCAGAAGGCACAGUAUCCACUGUGGAGAGCUGAUUAGAUGGUCUUACAAUGCUUGGGUUUUUGGAUGAUUACUCUAUCAAAUAAAAAUCAGAUAUUUUUGGGUCUGUUCUGCAUUCUUUGUCCUCUUCUGCGCGGUUAUAUUCAAUUUUGAGACUAUUUGCUGGGUUUCUAAUGACUAUUUCAAUGUUUGUAUUGAUAAUUGAUCCCAAAAGUCAAUCAAUAGCCAAAAAGAAAGUCGAUUGUUAUUGUUUCUUUUUGGUCCUUUUCCAAUUUACUAAUUUUAUGAU